AUGGGCGACAUCGUUCUACGCAGUGCCGACGAUGUCCUCAACCGUCCCUACAUUUCCCUCCUCACAAGUUCUCUCGCUGGCCGCGAUGAAAACUCGACUCUCGACCAACUCCCCGCACCAAACGUGGCCCUCGCCAAGGACGGAUCCCUCAACCUGACUGCUUGGAACGCCGACACAAACAAGGCAUGCCGCGAUAUCCUCGGCGGCCUUCACCAGAGCACAAAUCCCUCCGGCGCGUGCGUGUGCUACAACCUGCCCUCACUGGAUAUGAAGACGGGGGUUUUUGAGGCCGAUCUACGAUUGUUCAAGGUUUCCGAGGCGAGAGGUGGUUUUGCUUCAGUUGCUCCCGAGGAUGUUCAGGUUGGAGUGACGUUUGACGGCGCAACCGUCAUGCCCAUUGACCCGAGGGAUGUGAACGGCACGGGAAUGGUUGGACAGGUUGCAAGCAUGAGAAAGAGAGAGGCUGGUCCAGAGCUUCUGCAGACUUAUAUGUUUGUUGGAAGAAUUGACCCUGACAAGAUGAGGGACAACAUGACUAUGGCCGACCUCGAGUACAUCAUCAUGCCAACCCUCACUCUCACCGCAAAGAACAGCACCGGCGGCACCAUCCGCACAAACGUCUCCAUCAACGAGGCCGCCUUCCUCACAGGCGUCUUCUCCCAGGACGUCGUCAUGUCCGACUUUGCGCGAGCCCAGGCCGCCGUGGACGAGCAGGUGGCGGGCCUCAAGAACGGCACAGUCGCCUUUGUCCUCCCCGGCGUGCAGCUCAUGGUCUUCCCCAUCGGCCUCAUCAUCACGAGCAUCUGGCUCGUCAUCUUUGUCGGCGCCGUCGGCUUCGGCACGUACGAGCGCUUCAACUAUGCAGAGAUGUACAAGCGGAGACAAGCCGUCUCCGUGCCAAGAGGCCCGACAAUAUAA